GUCUUGACCAGAAUGGGAGUGUCAGAGGGGUUCUGGCACCAUGAAUACUGGCUGCCACCUGGAGCUAUCUGGGAAGACUUGAAGGAGUCUGCAGACAUAUACUACCCGCAGCCUCAGCACCUUCUGCUUUGCAUCCCUGGUGCCCUGUUAUUGAUCUUUGUCCAAUGCAUCUUUGAAAGAACCCUUGCUCUGUCCUUGGGCAGGGCAUUGGGGGUGAGCAACAAGUGGAAAUUCAAAGUUCAGACCAAUGCCACACUGGAAGGCUUCUACAUUCUGCUGGGCAGAGCCCCAAAGAAGGAGGAGCUGGUUUCACUGGCCAAGCAAAGUGACCUGCUGGUCAGAAAGGUAGAGACUUAGCUGAGGCAUCAGCGGGCCCAGGACCACCCCAAGCUGAUGAAGGAGUUCUGCGAGGCAAGUUGGAAAUUUAUAUUUUAUUUCACCUCAUUUUUCUCUGGAUUGGCUCUUCUGUGUGAUAUAUUUUGGAAUCACACCAUGUGCUGGUUGAAAUUUCUGCAACAGUCUCUAUCUCCCAUAUUGGGCUUGUUCUACCUCCUGGAACUCUCCUACUGCUCACUGGUGGCCACCCCGCCCUUUGAUGUGAAGAGGAAGGACUUUAAGGAACAGAUUAUCCACCACAUUGUGACCAUCACUCUGAUCUUUGUCUCCUACUGUGCCAGUAUGAUAUGGUUAGGGAUGAUAAUCAUGCUGGUGCAUGAUGCCUCUGAUUAUAUUUUAGAUCUUGCCAAAAUACUCCAUUACCUGAAAUGGAAGCAGGUCUGUGAAACAGUAUUCAAUGUUUUUGCUGUGGUUUUCAUUAUCUACCAGCUUGUCAUUUUCCCAUUAAUAUAACAUUUUGCUGUCCUGUUCACAAAGGUUAUGCAGCUCCUCUCUCGGAAUCCUGUAGGUAAGGCUCCUCAUGGUGUUCUCCAAGCCUCAGAUUAUAUCCAGAAAAGACAAGAUGUCAGAAGUGACACUGAAGAGAGUGAAAGGAACAAAGGAGAGGAUCUGGAAAAGCACAAAGAAUAA